AUGGCGGAGACAGCGGUUUGCUCUCUUAUAGACAAGCUAAUUCCACUAUUGACUGAAGAAGUGAACUUGUUGAGAGGUGUUCGUGGAGAAGUUUCAGAAAUCAAGACGGAACUUGUGUUCAUUCGGGCUUUCCUCAAGGAUGCUGAUCAGAAGGCAGAAGUCGAAGGUGACAUUGGCGAUGGCGUUAAAGCAUGGGUUGAAGAGCUAAGAGAAGUUGCAUUCAAAAUAGAAGAUGUUAUUGAUGUGUAUAUAUAUCUCACGACGAUAAAUCAUUCUGAUCGGCAUCGAUUCAUUGCUUUCCUCAGUAAAAUUGCUUGCUUUGUCACAAAACUGAAACCGCAGCAUCACAUUGCGACACAAAUACGAGAGCUCAAAGGAACCAUUCGAGGUAUUAAGGACAGAAGUGCAAGGUAUGGCUUUGAUUCUCUACAACAAACACCCAUGAGUGAUGCGCCUCAACGAUGGAAUGACCCUCGGAGGGCAGCCUAUUUCCUUAGAGAAGCUGACGUUGUGGGUAUUGAAUCUCCUAGAAAUGAAUUGAUUGAAAUUUUGAAAACACAUUCUCCAGAACGCAUUGUGAUUUCAAUAGUUGGGUUUGGGGGUUCAGGAAAAACUACUCUAGCCAAACAAGGUUACAAUUAUGUAAAAAGAGACUUUGAUUGUCAUGCUUGGAUUACAGUUUCAGAACCAUACAGUGCAAAGGAGCUACUAAGAAACCUAAUAACGAAGGUUCACGAAGCAACUGAAGCAUCCGCUCCAGCAACUAUUGAUACAAUGGAUGAGCAAUCACUAACAGAGCAAUUGAUAAACUACUUGCAGAACAAAAAAUAUUUUGUUUUCGACGAUGUCUGGAAUAAAGAAUUUUGGGGAGAUGUAAAUUUUGCUUUACCAGAAAAUGGUGGAAGGAUAGUGAUCACAACAAGGAAGAAUGAGGUUGCUAGUUUUUGCAAAAGAUCAGUAUCUUCCGUCCAUGUCCAUUUGAUGGAACCUUUGCCUCCUGACAAAGCCAUGGAACUCUUUUGCAAACGGGCUUUUCUAUCGGAACCUGAACGGUGUUGUCCUGCCAACUUAGAAUAUUGGUCUCGCGAGAUUGUUGCCAGUUGCCAAGGGUUACCCCUUGCAAUUGUAGCCAUUGCUGGUCUUCUGUCAACUAAAAACAAGGUCCCUUAUGAAUGGCAAAAGUUUUAUGAAACCCUCAGUUCAGAGUUGGUCAAUCAUUCUGAUCUCAAAAGCACAACAAGAAUACUAUCACUCAGUUAUACUGAUUUACCUUACUACCUCAAAUGUUGCAUAUUGUACUUUGGAAUUUUUCCAAAGGGCUAUUCCGUUAGAUGUGGUAGAUUAAUUCGCCAGUGGAUAGCGGAGGGUUUUGUGAAACCUCAAAAGAACAAAACCUUGGAGGCUGUUGCAAAAGAAUACUUAUCUGAGCUAAUAGAUAAAGGUUUAGUUGAAAUAUCAAAUGUAGACGACGAAGGGAAAGCAAAGCGUUGUCGUGUUCAUGAUCUUCUUCAUGUUGUCAUCUCACAAAAGAUGGAAGAAUCAAGAUUUUGCCAAGUUUUAUCAGAUGAGUCACCAACUUUUGAAGGAGUUGCUCGUCGUCUAUUAAUAAUCUUUAGCUCAGACAAUAAUUUGCAAAAAGCUGAAAUUUCCCGGGUUCGUUGUCUUUUUAUGUUCAAUGGGGAUAAUGAGAUGCUCAAUUCUACUGUUAAUGCACUUGCCACAAGUGUCAAGCUCCUAAAAGUACUUGAUUUUGAAGACACUCCAUGUUUAGAUCAUCUCCCUGAAGAUAUUGGAGACUUGUUUCACUUGAGAUAUUUAAGUGUGCGUCGUACAAAAGUGAAGCUGCUCCCAAAUUCCAUAGGAAAACUGGUAAACAUGGAGACUUUGGAUCUAAAGGAAUCAUUGGUUUAUGAAAUUCCUGCAAGUAUUAAUCGGCUUAGUAAGUUACGACAUCUUUUUGGCCGGAGUUUUGUCAACAACACUGAACUCUUUUCUUUCGACAGAGUAAGAGGAAUAAAAAUACAGAGAAUCGAGUGCUUCAAACACUUGCAGAAGUUAUACUACAUUGAGGCCAAUAUUGACGGUGCUUGUAUAAUAGAGGAGCUUGGAGCUUUGACGCAGUUAAGAACAUUGGGCAUUUUUAAAGUGAGAAGUCGAGAUGGAAAAAGUCUAUGUGGUUGCAUUGAGAAAAUGAAAUACCUCGAAUCCCUUGUAGUGAGAUCGAUAAGUGAAGAUGAAACACUUGAUUUAGAUUCCAUUUCACAUCCCCCCGAAUUUCUUCGCCGUCUCUGUUUACGGGGUCCUAAGUGCAUUUAUUGUAAAAUCUUCGGUGAACAACUACACUUUGAAGAAGGUGUCUUCCCAAAACUUAAGGUGCUCGGACUUAACGGCUUGAAAGGGUUGAGUUCAUUGAUAAUAGAGGAAGGAGCAUUGCGCGACCUGGAAAAGCUUUACUUUGGGACUUCGCCACAAAUGAAGGAGGUGCCAACUGGCAUAAAACAUUUAAAAAAUCUUAAAUCCCUAUACUUCUUGCACAUGCCAGAUGAAUUCGUGUGGCAGAGCCACAUUGUAUUUGUUAGGACACGGUCCCGUUCAACUUUUCUUGUUUGA